AUCAUCAUCAUCAGCCAAGAAUGGACAAGGUUUCAGGUGAAGGGAAGCGAGUUUCGAGGGUGUUCUCAUGGAGGCAUUUGCUGCUCUUGUCGCUUACACUGAAUCUGGGUUUGCUCACUUGGUUUGUAUACGACCGAGGCGUCCAUAGUGGCCAGAAGCCUCAACAACAAUUCUGCUUCGACAACAAGAUCAACACCAUGUGUGUCGCUUCAGAGCAGAAGGUUCAUGUUAGCAGCAGCAGCAGCUCAAAUUCGGGCUUUGGGGCGGCAGACGGCGGGAAUAAGGUUAUAAACUUGGACCAUGGGGAUCCAACGAUGUACGAAGAGUACUGGAGAAGGGUAGGGGAGAAGAGCACGAUCGUGAUAAGAGGGUGGGAGUCGAUGAGCUAUUUCUCCGACGUCGAGAACCUGUGUUGGUUCCUGGAACCGGAGCUCGCCAAACAGAUCAUCAGAUUGCACGGUUUGGUCGGUAACGCAGUAACCCACGACCGUCACAUCGUGGUGGGGACGGGAUCCAACCAGUUAUUUCAGGCCGUACUUUAUGCUCUCUCUUCUUCUCCUCCUCCCCCUCAUCCACCUCAUCACCACCCCAUCAGCGUAGUCUCUGCUAUUCCCUACUACUCGUCAUACCCAUUAGUGACAGACUACAUGAAAUCAGGGCUCUAUAAAUGGGAUGGUGAUGCUUAUGCUUUCACCAAAGAUGACCCUUACAUAGAACUUGUUACUUCCCCAAAUAACCCUGAUGGCUUUAUAAGGCAAACCGUGGUUAACCGGAGUGGAGGGACGGUGGUAUAUGACCUUGUUUAUUAUUGGCCACAAUACACUCCAAUUACAUCUCUUGCAGACCAUGAUCUCAUGCUUUUCACCGUCUCCAAAAGCACCGGCCAUGCCGGGACACGCAUUGGGUGGGCUCUUGUCAAGGAUAAGGAGGUGGCCAGAAAGAUGACUGAAUUUAUAGUACUGAAUACUAUAGGUGUAUCAAAGGACUCUCAACUACGGGCAGCUAAAAUCCUUCAAGUAGUAUCAGAUAGUAGUGAACAUAUGGACUACUCUGAGGAAUCAGAGAGCUUCUUCUUUUACGCAUACCAUCAGAUGACUGAGAGAUGGGAACGGCUGAGAGAUGCAAUCAGAUGCAGUGGGUUGUUCAGUGUGCCUGAGUUCCUACCACAAUCCUGCAACUUUAUCGGUGGAUUCACUGAACCCCAUCCUGCUUUUGCAUGGUUGAAAUGUGAGGGGAAUAUAGCAGACUGUGAGAGCUUUCUCAGAGAACAUAAAAUCAUAACAAGAAGUGGGAAACACUUUGGUGUGGAGGCAAAGUACAUCAGAAUUAGCAUGUUGGAUCGAGAUGAGAUAUUUAAUCUGUUUAUGGAGCGGUUAUCAAACAUCAGUUUAUGAAACUUCACAUUUGAAUUAAGUGAGGUCAAAUUGUACAUGUAAUGUUCAAUGAGAAAGGAAUCAAGUGA